AUGGGAACGCGCGCUGAGAGGUCCGCAGGUCUGCGCUGCAGUUCCGGAGGUCCGCGCCGCGGUGCUGAAAACCCGGCGCGCAGGCGGCUGGCUCUGGGCGCGCGCCAGCAAACCCACUUCUGGAGCCCGCGGACCCCGAGCACGCGCCCGACAGCCCCUCCUGGGCCGGCGCGCGGCGUCGCCAGGCCAGCCAUGGCCCCCGACCCGGUGGCCGCCGAGACGCCGGCUCAGGGACCUACCCCGCGCUACUUCACCUGGGACGAGGUGGCCCAGCGCUCAGGGUGCGAGGAGCGGUGGCUAGUGAUCGACCGUAAGGUGUACAACAUCAGCGAGUUCACCCGCCGGCAUCCAGGGGGCUCCCGGGUCAUCAGCCACUACGCCGGGCAGGAUGCCACGGAUCCCUUUGUGGCCUUCCACAUCAACAAGGGCCUUGUGAAGAAGUAUAUGAACUCUCUCCUGAUUGGAGAACUGUCUCCAGAGCAGCCCAGCUUUGAGCCCACCAAGAAUAAAGAGCUGACAGAUGAGUUCCGGGAGCUGCGGGCCACAGUGGAGCAGAUGGGGCUCAUGAAGGCCAACCAUGUCUUCUUCCUGCUGUACCUGCUGCACAUCUUGCUGCUGGAUGGUGCAGCCUGGCUCACCCUUUGGGUCUUUGGGACGUCCUUUUUGCCCUUCCUCCUCUGUGCGGUGCUGCUCAGUGCAGUUCAGGCCCAGGCUGGCUGGCUGCAGCAUGACUUUGGGCACCUGUCGGUCUUCAGCACCUCAAAGUGGAACCAUCUGCUACAUCAUUUUGUGAUUGGCCACCUGAAGGGGGCCCCCGCCAGUUGGUGGAACCACAUGCACUUCCAGCACCAUGCCAAGCCCAACUGCUUCCGCAAAGACCCAGAUAUCAACAUGCAUCCCUUCUUCUUUGCCUUGGGGAAGAUCCUCUCUGUGGAGCUUGGGAAACAGAAGAAAAAAUACAUGCCGUACAACCACCAGCACAAAUACUUCUUCCUAAUUGGGCCCCCAGCCUUGCUGCCUCUCUACUUCCAGUGGUAUAUUUUCUAUUUUGUUAUCCAGCGAAAGAAGUGGGUGGACUUGGCCUGGAUGAUUACCUUCUACGUCCGCUUCUUCCUCGCUUAUGUGCCACUAUUGGGGCUGAAAGCCUUCCUGGGCCUUUUCUUCAUAGUCAGGUUCCUGGAAAGCAACUGGUUUGUGUGGGUGACACAGAUGAACCAUAUCCCCAUGCACAUUGAUCACGACCGGAACAUGGACUGGGUUUCCACCCAGCUCCAGGCCACAUGCAAUGUCCACAAGUCUGCCUUCAAUGACUGGUUCAGUGGACACCUCAACUUCCAGAUUGAGCACCAUCUUUUUCCCACGAUGCCUCGACACAAUUACCACAAAGUGGCUCCCCUGGUGCAGUCCUUGUGUGCCAAGCAUGGCAUAGAGUACCAGUCCAAGCCCCUGCUGUCAGCCUUCGCCGACAUCAUCCACUCACUAAAGGAGUCAGGGCAGCUCUGGCUAGAUGCCUAUCUUCACCAAUAACAACAGCCACCCUGCCCAGUCUGGAAGAAGAGGAGGAAGACUCUGGAGCCAAAGCAGAGGGGAGUUUGAGGGACAAUGCCACUAUAGUUUAAUACUCAGAGGGGGGUGGGUUUGGGGACAUAAAGGCUCUGACUCAAACUCCUCCCUUUUAUCUUCUAGCCACAGUUCUAAGGCCCAAAGUGGGGGGGGGGGGGUGGACACAGAAGUCCCUAGGAGGGAAGGAGCUGUUGGGGCAGGGGUAUAAAUUAUUUCCUUUUUCUAGUUUGGCACAUGCAGGUAGUUGGUGAACAGAGAGAACCAGGAGGGUAACAGAAGAGGAGGGACCUACUGAACCCAGAGUCAGGAAGAGAUUUAACACUAAAAUUCCACUCAUGCCGGGCGUGGUGGCUCACACCUGUAAUCCCAGCACUUUGGGAGGCCGAGGCAGGCAGAUCACGAGGUCAGGAGUUCGAGACCAGCCUGACCAACAUAGUGAAACCCCGUCUCUACUAAAAAUAGAAAAAUUAGCCGGGCCUGGUGGCGCGUGCCUGUAAUCCCAGCUACCCAGGAGGCUGAGGCAGGAGAAUCGCUUGAACCGGGGAGGUGGAGGUUGCAGUGAGCUGAGAUCACGCCAUUGUACUCCAGCCUGGGUGAUAGAGCAAGACUCCAUUUAAAAAAAAAAAAAAAAUCCACUCAUAUAAAGGGUGAGCUCAGCUCACUGGUCCGCUUCUCAGUGCCUUCUCCAUCCUCAUUUGCAAACCUCAGAGGGAUAAAGCAGUUGAACCUGAUGAGCAAGAAUUAUAACAGCAAGGAAACAUUAAUGCUUAGAAUUCUGAGAUCCAGCACAACUCAAGUCUGUGGGAGCUCAGCUCACUGCCCAGGGAUAGGUAUGACCUAUGUCUGCCUUAGGCUGCUGGGAGAUGCCAUUCUCCAGUUUCAGAAGCAGGCAGGGCAAAGGUCAAGACUGUGGUAUUGGGGUCUUUUGGCUCUGAAGGAUCCUGGAACCACUGAUUUUGGUUUAUUCCCUCCAGGGUCUAAAGAGAACAAGAGGUGCUAGCUCUUACCAAAACAGAUGGUAGAGAGAGUUGCUGGCUAUUUAAAAAGCUCUUUCAUCUUUUAAUUCACCUCUUCUUUUCACCUCUUUAACCACUCCUCAGGAACAGAACACUUCUAAGACUGGAGGUCUACUUUUAGCUCCAUAAGCAAGUGAGCAGAUGGGACAAGUUAGUCUUUUCUCCCUAGAAACAAAGGGGAUGCCUAGUGGUUUCCCUUUGCUUCCCAACCUAAAAUUUCAAGUUUAAUAAAAUAGCAGUUAGCAGAAGUGACCAAAUUGGGAGAUAAUUAUCAGUCAUGAGGAAAGACACAGAUUUCGGUCAUAAAGAAUGUAAGGGCUAUAAGCAGAAACUUUCUGUAACUUAAAUGAUGUUAUAGAAUUAUUUUUGAGCAGGAGCAGAAAGAUUAAAUAUGAUCACUUCAUACUUCUAAAUCAGAAAUAGGAAGAUUAAAACCACAGAACAGUUUGUGAUUGCUAUUGCUGUAGCUAGGUAUCUUACUCUGUCCAUUCUUGUUCAAGUAUCUAACUCUUCUGGAAACCAAAUAGGCUUUAGAAGAGAUUAUCCUAAAUUCCUAUCAGUGUAAUACUAAAAUGUAACUUUUUAAUCAUCUGGUUUUUAAAAGAUAAACAGUUUAGCCCAUCUCUCCAGAGAGCAAACAUAGGAAUAUGCCUCAGGAGCCUCCUAGGGCUUAUCAUCAGCCCUCACACCAGCUUCCCCCUCCAACUCACAGCCUUUGCUUCCAGGUGGCGGGAUUACUACUUUGCCUCUUCAGCAGCAUCUACUCUAGGCAUAUUGAUCAUUUUGGACACUGGGAGAAGAGAACCUCAAACUAGGAGGAAAAGAUAGAGCCUCCACUUAGUUUUGGGAGGGGAUGGCAGACAGUCAAGGAGAUGAGCAUCCUAAGGCAUGUUGGGAUAGGGUCAGAUGCGCCACCCAUGGAGAGGUUUGUCAACACAGAGACAUGGAAGGUUAGAGGUUUGUCAACACAAAGACACAGGAAGAAUGGGCUGCAGAAGAUUUAGAUGUUUUCCAUUUGGGCACAUUUUACUUAGCUGGAGAACUUGGCAAAAAGACAUGGAAGGUUAGGUUUGUCAACACAAAGACAUGGAAAUUAGAGGUUUGUCAACACAAAGACACAGGAAGAAUGGGCUGCGGAAGAUUUAGAUGUUUUCCAUUUGGGCACAUUUUACUUACCUGGAGAACUUGGUUUAAAACAGUCUGGGUAGGAAAAUUAGAAGCAAGCUGGGUGCAGUGGCUCAUGCCUGGAAUCCCAACACUUUUGGGAGGUCCAGGCAGGAGGAUCAACUUGGGCCCAGGAGGUCAAGCCUGCAGUGAGCUGAGAUCACACCACUGCACCCCAGCCUGGGGUGAUAGAACAAGACCCUGUCUCAAAAAAAAAAAAACAAAAACUUAGAAGCAGAAUUGAGGAGAUGUACCUCCAUUGGCUUCCUCACUCCAAUAGGUGCUGAUCCUUCCUAUUCCUAUUCUUUGCCACCUAAGUUUUGGGUGUGGUGUCACCAGCCUGUUUAGCCAAGUAGCUUUGGGCAUAGGCUACCCAAUCUGAGCAAACACCAGUGAGGCUCUAUUGAGCCAAGACCAGGUCCUCAAAGCACCUGAACCACUGUGGCCUUCUCAGCCUAUAGCAGUAUGGUCUCUUACAUGGCUACAAAGGGACACACAGUGACAAAAGGCUCAGGAUGUUACAAUGGUAAAAUGAGUGAUCUCAAAUCCACUGACAGAUGUAAAAUAGGCUUAGAGAGGAAAAGCUGCCUCUGGUCAAGUAGACCAUGGCAGAAUGAAUUCCAACUCACUUUUUUACAACUCCAACUUCUAUUGUUUGUCUUUGUUACUUUCAUUUUUUUACAACCUGGCCAGAGGCAUUUUUUUAAUCAGGCCCAAUAUCAGUAUCCUUUCUGUGUGUGCCAAUUUUGUUAUCACAUCCCUAUGAAGUUGAAAAAUAAAGUUAAUUUUGACCAAAA